UGUAAACUGACAGUAACUUUUUGCUUCUUCAAUCUUUAAUGCAAAACAGCAGAGUUGAAUGAAUAUGAACGAUAGUGGCAUUAUGAUGUUAUUAUAUUAUUAAGUGCAGUAUAAUAAAUAUAAAUUAAUAUUGCUGCUACAAACACUUCCUUGAAUGAUGUUAUGCUGUAAAGUGUGAUGUUAAAACCCAGAGUUUUGACAGUAUUUAUAGCGGUAUUUGUGUGCGUCAGCUGGCUUCACGUUAUAUACUUAAGUAGGAAAUUAUCUGAAUUGUAAUAAUGCCUUUGACCGCCGAUGUUGCUGCACAGCAAGUCCAGGAACGUCUAAGAACAUUGCACAGACUAAUCUAUGACAUAGAGGCAGAAAGAAGUCGUAAUGAGCAGUGUAUCGAAUCAAUUUUAAGAGUUGAAAAAGCUGCAGAAUCUUCAUCCUCUGCCGAGGAUUCUUCAAGUUCUUCUCAACAGAUGCAGCUCAAGAAUUUGUAUAAAGCUGGUUUGACAGCGGCCGAACAAGAAGAGAGGGUUCUUCGGGCGGCUCUAUCAAGAAUAUAUGAAAUAAGAGCUAUCAAAAAUGAGAGGAGGAUCCAGGCUCGACACGCUGGUAAUAAAGAGACUAUAGGCUGUGGAGCCCUGAUGAAGAUGUUAUUAAGUGCUGCCCAGACUUUGCCCCUUCAUGUAGGACGUGUGGGUGAGCGUGCGCCUCCGCUUUGUGGGGCUGUGCCCGCGGACUCAGGGCACGUGGCGCGUGCAGGGGACGCCGUCGCCGCCCUAGUCAGGGUCUCCGAGAAAGAGGAGAAUUGGAUCCUGGCCGAGGUUGUGAGUUGGCUACCGGCUCAGGGUAAAUACGAGGUGGACGAUAUAGACGAGGAGCAGAAGAAUCGGCAUGUUCUGAGCAAACGACGAGUAGUGCCUCUGCCCCUGAUGAGGGCGGACCCCCGGACGGACGAGGGCGCUCUGUUCCCUAAGGGCGCGGUAGUGAUGGCGCUGUACCCUCAGACCACGUGUUUCUAUCGCGCCGUAGUGAACCGCCUACCCUCCUCGGCCGCUGACCCGUAUGAGGUUCUGUUCGAGGAUUCCUCGUACGCUGACGGAUACUCGCCAGCCGAGCGCGUGGCGCAGAGAUACGUCAUCGCGAUCAAAGAGGGCAAGGGUCGCGCCAGCUGACAGUCUCGCUCGGCCCCGCCCUCGGCGCGCUCCUCGCCGCUCUCCACCGACUCGCUACAUUGAAUAUCCGUCUGUGGACCUUCAAGACCUGCAACACCUCCAACACCUGCAACUUUAGCUCCCAGCAACCUGCAUUACCUGGUCUUUUGGACCUCAUUGGUCACUUACACACAUAUAUAUGAUAUUUUACAUUUUCGCCAGUAUAUUUGUAUAAAAAGCUAUGUUUUUCGGAUAUUGCUUUGUGUAUUUUAUUGUGAAAAUGAUUUAAGCCAUCGCGAUAUCAGGCUUUCGUAAUCUCGUGAUGAAAGUGUAGCUUUUUGUUUUAUAAUAUAAAGUAAUAAAAUAAAAUACACGAGUAGAAUCCAAGAAACAUAGUUUUAUUGAUAUAUAUAUAUAUAUAUAUAUAUAUAUAUAUAUAUAUAUAUAACUGUCUAUAUAUAUAUAUUUAAUUUAACCCCCUAUUUGUCGUGAGAGAAGACAUUGGACCAGAGCUAUAUACAACUUAUUUUGAUGGAGCCGACUUCGUGCAGUCGAUAAUUUUAGUAACAAACGUAACUUUACUAUAACUAUGAUAUUUUAUUCUGGAAGUAAUCGUUAGUUUUGAUCAAUAUUAAAUAAUGAUAUUUUUACUGUAUACAAAAAAUGUUGCUGUACAUGAUGCAUUGUGUAUAUGUUAGGUCUUAAUGCUAAUUUAGUUUGAAAGAACGUCCUUGAAUAUACAAAAAUGAGUGAAGUAAUAAUCUACUCGCUGUCGUCGUCAAAAUUUUUAGUUUCUGAAGUGGUUUUGGAGACGAGGAAAAAGUUAGGUCGCCUGGAGCCAGGUCUUGCAAAUAGAAUCGCUUGCUAUAGCGCUCGCAGCUUGAUUUACUGCACCAAUCAGACAAGACGACUCCUUCAUUUUUAAUUCCUUCUGUGACCGACAUCACACUUUUUAUUUGAUAUUCUCGGAGUUUUAACAAAUUUCCACUUUGGAAAUCCUCUCUUUGUCCGUAACGAAAAUGUGGAAGUAAAAGAUAAAGAUAUGUGACCUCGUUUAGUGCCUGUACUAAUGCUGAUUUGUUUUUUUUUUAUCACUUACCAAAAACCCGUGAUCGGUCUCAAAGAAAAUUCAAAUGAGUUGAGAGUUGAAUGGGUCCACGGGAUUUUACACAUUUUCCAAGAAAUUAUUCCUCGUUGCUUUAAACAGUUUACGGGAACUGACUGUUAAUUUAGCCAGAGGACUGAUGUGAUUUAAAAUAAUUGAUAAUUUAUUAUUAUUGUAGCAUAGUCUUGCAAAAAUAACAGCAUUCUAUAAACAUUCGUAUCAAAAAACCUUAGAUUAACAGUCUACUGUCACCGAUAUCAACAUGGACGUGUUUUCGAGAAUUAAAUUAUUUAUUUAACAUUCAUCGGAACGCUUUGCUACAUUUAUCGAUUCAAUUUUCACAAAUACCUUCAAUAUUUUAUUUGUUAAUUGAGAUCUUCAAUAAAUUCUUAAGGAUUUUUUCUAAAAGGCAAAUUACAAGGUUUAAUCACAUCAAAAUCAUACUUAGCGUUUAAAAAUUUUGUGCUCGGAAACAUCAACCGUUUUAUUUCUACGUUUAUGAAAAUCCGUGGUUGGGGUUGGAUAGUGAAAGUGCAAUGGAAGAUUAUUAAAAAUUCUUCGCAGACUUGUCCAAAUGGCAGCAGGUGAAUGGAAUAUAUUUUCGGAGACUGCAAAAAAUUAUGGGAUUGUUCUCGAGAGCCACCCUAAUGAAAGGCCUUGAUUUCUGUGCACUAACUGUGAUAAUUUUCACUGAAAUCCUUGUGGAUAAGAAGUUUAUCAGCUUUGACUUCAUUUAUAAUCAACUCUAUCUCCUUUCACUCUCGUAUCAGAUAACCGAUACGAUAAUCCUCCUCAUUGCAAUAUAACUAGGACUCCCAUCGUUCAUCCGAACAUGCUACAGUGCAAUUAACUGUUCCAGAACGUUCUGUGGGGACAUUAAUGACUGAUGCGAUUUAAUUUGCAACAAUACCGUCGGAUAGAUAGAAUCUUGAGCCCGGAAUGAAUCAUGUAACUUAAGGAUUUUUAAAUUAUAAAUAUAGUUAACCGUAAUUAUCAUUAAUUGUCAUUAAUAACUAAUGUUUCGCUAAUUAUAGUUUUUAUUAAUAUGCAAAACUUUCAUUUUCGCUACUCGCCUUUAAAUAACCCUUCCAUAUUAUUGUUUAAUUCGCGUCACAUGUUUCAGGCAUAUCAACACUCGAAGCCAAAGGUGAUAUUGUUGUUGGUCACCUUUUGUCGUAGGUCAAUACAUAAUAUUUCGUUUUCGCUAGUGCGGUGUAACAAGAGGCGCCAUCCAUGCCGCACUAAUUAAAAGCUUGCGGGCAAACAAUUGUGAGUAAUGUUAAUAAAGAUUGUCUUAAAGAAACAUUAAAUAUAAGGAAUUUCCUUCCUGUUUUCAUCCCAACA